AUGCUCUGUGACCGCAGCCAUCCUCCUGUGAACGAUGACUCCGACUGUUCUGGCAAGUCCGUGGAAAGUGCGUGUAUCAAGUCACCCGACCCAACUGAUGUCGACUCGCCGAACACGGAUACAAGCAGCGAAAGUUCGGACGCGGAAACGAGUGGAGAUGAAGCGCACGCAUGUGAGCCAUCAGACGGAAACGCCGAUAUGGACGAGGAGCUGUAUCCAGGUUCGAAGAUCACCAGGGCAGAGAGCAUUUUGCUGAUUAUGGGCCACAGCCUCCGCCAUGACGCGUCGAAAGAAGCCACCGAGAGCUUGCUUCAGUUAUUGCGCGCUCAUCUGCCGGAAAAAAACAGAGCUGCCUUGUUCAAAGUACAAAUUUUUUAGACAUUUCAGCUCUCCUGAGAGUGCAAAGAACA